AUGAAAUAGCAUUAAGGAAUUUUUAUUGGAUAAGACUUAUCUCAAGCUUACGAUAACUUAACUAAAGACACGAUAAGCAUGGAUGACAUACUUCAAUGUGAGUAUGAAAGUAUGCUGGAUAAUCGAGAUGAGUUUUUAACUUAGCAUGAAAAUUUAACUCCUUAAAAGAGUAUCACAGAAAUCAUGUAGAAGAAAAAUAAAGUGGAAAAGAAAAUUGUAGUAAAGAGAUACUUGUCAUGCAAAUGGAAGAUCUAAGAGGAUUUUGAAGUGGAAGAGAUAGGGAACAAUAGAUUUCAGAUGAAAAAAAAAAUAUCGAAAAAAUAAUAUAUCCUCCCAUGUAGACCUCCCAUAAAAAACUCAGAUUUCAUUUUUCAAGGUGAAUAUAUGAGGCAUAUUCAAGUAUUUGAUAUGAAAAAAAGUAAAAAGUCUAAGUCUCGCUAACAGCAAAUAUGA